UAAUUAUUUAACAACACACUCUAUAAAUUCAUCUCAAAAGCAAAACAAAAUAUUCAACUUUCUUCUUCACAAUUUUUUUCUCUUCUUCUUAAUUCUGUUCAUACAUUUUUGAAACCUUUCUUUGUGAAGAUAUAAGAUGAGUAUUGUGUAUACUCAUGCUCAAAACUAUUCUGAAUUUGAGUCAAGCCUUGGUUUCUUCAAUCAAGAAACUUUCAGAAAUGAUAAUCAGCAAUAUUAUUCUCCCUCCACAAGUUCAGAGAUGGAAACAAUGUUUACCAACUCUCAUCAUUUGGCAGUGAAACAAGAAGAAAAUGAACCCUUUUCAUCACACUACAAUGGUUACUCUUCUUAUGCAUCAUCUUUAAAUCCGAUGAUUUGCCAAACUCAGCAGAAUCAAGGAUUGCCUAAUGACUUUGAUGCUUCAUUUAGUGCUGUGAGUUCUUUCGAUUCGGAGAAUUAUAUCUCCGAAACUAACAUUGAUUCUUCUACUAAGAAUUGCUCCAAUCUCAUUAGGCACAAGAGUUCCCCUGCUGAGUUUUUCUCCAACUAUCCACUUCAUAAUGCUUCUAUGAAUUUCUCAUCUACACAAAUUAUUGAAAAUGAUGAACAUGAAGCUCUUCGACCAAAUUGUAUUACAAGUAGAAACAUUGGAAAAAGUUACAUGCCUAGCUUCACUACUGACUGUUGGGAUAGUUCUACGCUCAAGGCCCAAAAAACAUCCACUAUCAAUGGUGAAAUCAUGUUUUCCACUUCAAAUGCUUUGGAAACUCAGGAAUUAGACUUUGGAUACCAAAAACUUGGUCUGAGCCACCAUUUGAGUCUGCCAAGCUCUUCUACAAAGAUGACUAGUAUGGACAAGUUUUUUCACAUUCAAGGAUCUGUUCCAUGCAAAAUUCGCGCCAAAAGAGGCUUUGCCACUCAUCCAAGAAGCAUUGCAGAGAGGGAAAGAAGAAUAAGAAUUAGUGCAAGAAUCAAGAAAUUGCAAGACCUUUUCCCAAAUUCAGAUAAGCAAAGCAGCACAGCAGAUAUGUUGGAUGUAGCAGUUAACUACAUUAAAGACCUUAGGAAACAACUUAAGAUAUUAUCAGAAACUAAGGCAAAAUGCAGUUGUACAAGUAAUUAGAAGAAAUGUUCAGAUCUUAUGCCUGAUUUUGAUUCUUGUAGAUAACAAAAGGAAGGAAGCAUUUGUUUUUAAUUUAUAAUUUUGUUUUGCCUAAAUAAUGGCAAGUGUGAGUAUUAUAAUUUGGUAAAUUUUAGGUCCGGCUAAAUAUCUUCAGUUUUGUUUUUAAAAUUUUAGAUUUUGCUAAAUAUCUUCAGUUUUGUUUUUUCA